CAUUCAGGAUCCAUCGCGUUUACCUGACACAACCGAUAGAUAUUCUGUUGAACUUGUUCGGAUAAUUCCACCCAUUUCGUCUGCCGUAAUGGUGGCGAUUUGGCGUGGAAUUGUCUUGACUCUUUGGUUGGCGUACAUACAAUUUGUGCCUCAGAUCGUUCUGAACAUUGACAAGUUUUUUAACGUAGAACAUCAAGGCAAUGUCACCAACAACUCGGAUGGUCCCAUGUGGUCAGACAGCAUCCUGCUGUACAUCAAGGAGCGGAUAACACACUAUGCCGGAAGCCUCAUGGGAAACCUACCCAACCUACCCACCCUACCCAACCUACCCGAAUGCUGGAAUCUGGUCCCAUCAUCGUAUGACAAGGCUGAGUGGCUGGUGUUGGGAUCACUGAUAAUGUUUUCCAUAAACUGCGUAGCAUUGCUUGUGUUUAAAACCAGGAAGCACCAACGGACUUGGAAGGAGCUUGACAAUAAAAUUCUCAAGCUUCACAAUGAGGUGAAUGCCUCAAAAAAAUCUGCUUCUGCAAUGAAUCUUCGUUACAAGGAGCUGAAGGCAUCAUUCCACCAGAUGCAAAAGAAAUCAGCUCUACAGGCAGAAGAGAACCAUAAGACCAUGGAAGCAGAGAGACUGAGGAGCAAGACCAUGAUUCAACACUUGAGGACUGACUUGGCUGCCAAUAUGGACAUCUGUAAGAGAAAAGAGCAGAGGCUGGUAGCCAUGACCCAAAGAUGGGAGAUGAGGGAAGAGGAAUUGGCUGAGCUGGCAGUGAAGAAGCUGUUAGAGAUGGCAGAGCAGGGUAAGAGGAAAGAACGGAAGCUGAGGGCCAUGGCAGAGGUUUGCCAGGAGAAGGAUGACCAGCUGGCAGCCAUGGCUCUCACACUGCAGAUGAAGAAGGAGAAGGUGGCGGACCUGACAAAGCUCUGCCAGGACAAUGAAGAGAACAAGGCCACCUUGCUGAAACUGUGCCACGAGAAGGAUGAGAAACUGGCAGCCUUCUUUGUGGCGUCUGAGCACCAAGAGGCCGUCCUGCAGGAGAAGAUCGCUCAGGAAUUGGCCCAGCAGUUGGAAAUCAACAAACUGAAGGAGAGGCUCUCUGCCCUGGAGGAUGAAGUCAAAGAAAAGGAAAUCCUGCUCAUGGCCCAGAAAGAGGAACAGCGUGAAGCAGCCAGUCUGCGGAAGAAGCUCACAGAGGUCAGCAGUGAGCUGGCUGACCUGAAAAGAUCAGCCGCCAGUUCCUCCCAUAGCCUCCCCACUGCACAGGAGACCAGUGCUGUGAAAGUUGAAUGCAUCGUACACACCACUUCAAAUGGUCAUGGAGAGGAGACUGAUUCAGGAGUUGAGAGGGAAGGAAGUGAGCUGGCAGGCUCCAGGCAGCAAACCAUCGCUGAAGAGAAGAAGCCAGUUCAGGAGGUGGGCGGGGCCUGCAGGCGGGAGGAGAGACCCGGUCGAAUCAGGGUGGAGUUUGGCUCUUACCGGCCCAGGAGGGUUUACACCCAGGGGCAGGAGACCACCCAGCGCUCCGGCCAGACGCAGCAUGGUUGGGGCAGAGAGAAUGAUAGUGGAGGAGUGGAGGGUUCGGGCAGAAGAGGCUGGGCUGCAUGGAACCGACGACCGAGACAGCGCUCGAGACCCUGGGAGCAGCACUGUGAUCGCUGAAAGGGUUAAGAGUUCAUCAGUGGGUCAUCAAGGGGGAGUUCUUACCCGAAUUAGAGAACAGAACACAGCUGAUGUGUCUUCUGGUCUGAACCCUCCCUUCAUGAUGCCUGCUGUUCACAAGUCCACCUACAGGGGCGCUGUUGCGCCGGUUGUGUUUUUCUGCCCUCUUUUCCUGUUUCUCGUUCUCUUUUCUGUUUAUCUCACACAGGAUUCCUUGUUGCAUGUGCUCACUAUGAAUGAAUGAGGUGGUACUGGUCGAUAAGGAAAACCCUGUCUCAUUGAGCUGCCAGUCUACCGGCAGACAUUUUGGAGGGCAGCCCUGACUGCUGUGUACCCUCAAGAUUUGGACAUUGCAGUGAUGGGGUGGCGCCAAUGUUCUGAUGGGAUUAAAAAAGUCAAAAAAAUACUUCAAUAAAUUUUCUGUUUUGAAGACUGCUGUGAUGAAAAGACUGUUGUUGACUUGUUGACAUCUUUUAGGGUUAUUUCCCACAGCAAUAACUGCAAUAACCACAGCCUCUCACUCCUUUUAAAAAAUGUACUUCUGUACCCAAUGACCUACACAAGCUCACAUAAGCUGCUUCUCCUCAGUCAUCCUCAGUUAUGUCAUUAUAAAUUGAUCAGUCCUGCAAUUAUUAAUUCUCCCCAUUGGUUGAAAUUAG